ACAGCUGACAGCUGGUGCAGUGACAGUUCUUCAGUCACUGUCGAAGCUUUUGUUAAGUUUAAUGUCAGAUUAUCUACUUAAAAAUCGUUUUUAAUUGAUAAAUUUCAAGAAAAACAACUUUUAACUUGGUCACAUUAUUAUAAGUACAAUCAGGUGCAAGCCUUAAUUCUUCCUAAAAUUGUCCGUUUAACUAGAAAUGAACAGUGAUAGUGAUACCGAAACAUGGUUAAGUAACUGGGAACAACAUUGUAUCACAUCCGUUGACGAACAACCAAAUUAUGAACAAUUACUGAUUACAGAAACAGAUAAUGCACAUAGAACAAUAUGGGCUUCAUUUCAGGACUCUGCAACAGCGAUUGCACAACUAUAUAAAGACCGACAUUCAAGUGAACCUUCUUCCUUAUGGGCUCCAUUUCAAACUGCAGCAGGAUCGAUUACUACCCUUUAUAAAGAUUCUUGUGAUGUCUUGAGAAAUACGAGUGAAGUAGCUAUUCAAUGUGGUUAUCAGAAGAGGAACAUAGAACUAUUUAAUUGGGCAAAGAAGAGGAGACGUCAUAUAAAGAGGGAAGAUCUGUUAGCAUAUUUAGCUGGUAAACCGGUACAAAAAACAAAUAGCCAUUAUCACCAUUCUCUAAGUCAUAGGUAAUUAUAAUUUUUGACACAGUUC